GCCAGGCUGUCGCCAUUUUGUCGGUGGCUUUUUUAAUCUUUCAAAUGUUUUCGCUUCCUGUCGGAAUAAUGCAUACACCCGCUCGUAACAGCGACAGGUUUGGACUGGAUCCAUCAACCGCAUCGGAUUGAAAACGACACCGGGACAAAUAAUCGGAAUGUCAGGAAUAUAUUUAGAGCGCUAGUAGUCCGUGUCUCGGGUCCGCCGGGCCGGUCCGCUGCGCAGGUUUGGAACGCGCGCCAUUUUGUGAAAACUGACAGAAAACCUUAACGGGAAAAAGAUGUACGCUUACGCAGACGUUUUCAUAAUUUCUGCACGCCGUUCUUUUUCCAUCCUUAAUUGUGCUUGUGAAGAUCAUUAAUUUCCGUCCCCGGCUGCGCAGAAAGCGAACAAUCCGUGAACGUGCGUUGCAGAGCGCGAGUUAAAGUCACUCAGACAGAGUGCUAACUAGCCGCUAGCCUUCACUUUACCACCAAUAACCCAUAAUGAAAGCGCAUAAGGCGUCUGACACGGGUAAGACUAGACUGGAAAUCCUCUGGUUUACCUGCCAAUUGAAAUAGGAACGUAUUUGACACUUGGCUCGGUACAUUAGGGGUGUUUCGUUGGAAGCAGCGUAGAGAAACUGGAUAAGUCGCUUCGCUUUACUGGAUCUGGGACUCUAAAUGAAGAUCACACCAUCAAAGGGGGAGAGACCUCAGCAUGCAAACCCUCGUCUGUCCGGCUUGCACCCUCUCUUUCUUUCCAUGCUGCUGGUCUUCAGAUGGCUGCUCCCAUGCCUCAUUCGCACCAGCAGUACAGUGACUGUCACCAGCAGAGUACAGACCAGUCUGUCACUGUACUGCCAUACAGUGAUCAGACAAAAGCACUCACUGCCAGCCAGAGGCACAUGCCCCAGAGCUUUCGGGACUCCACUUUAGCUCCUUUGAGGAAGCUCUCCAUAGACCUGAUCAAAACCUACAAACACAUCAAUGAGGUGUAUUAUGCAAAAAAGAAACGACGGCAUCAACAGGGUCAAGGUGAGGACUCCAGCCACAAGAAAGAAAGAAAAGUCUUCAAUGAUGGCUACGAUGAUGAGAACUACGACUACAUUGUCAAGAAUGGGGAAAAAUGGAUGGACCGCUAUGAAAUUGACUCCUUAAUUGGAAAAGGAUCAUUUGGACAGGUUGUAAAAGCUUACGACCGAGCUGAGCAAGAGUGGGUUGCCAUUAAGAUCAUCAAGAACAAGAAGGCUUUUCUCAAUCAAGCUCAGAUUGAAGUACGGCUUCUCGAGCUCAUGAACAAACAUGACACAGAGAUGAAGUACUAUAUAGUACACUUGAAACGGCACUUCAUGUUCCGGAAUCAUCUUUGCUUAGUAUUUGAAAUGUUGUCAUACAACCUCUAUGACUUAUUAAGAAACACGAACUUCAGAGGUGUCUCUUUGAAUCUGACAAGGAAGUUUGCCCAGCAGUUGUGUACAGCACUAUUGUUUCUUGCUACACCUGAGCUCAGCAUCAUCCACUGUGACCUAAAGCCAGAGAACAUCCUGCUAUGUAACCCCAAGAGAAGUGCCAUCAAAAUUGUGGACUUCGGGAGCUCCUGCCAACUUGGACAAAGGAUAUAUCAGUACAUCCAGAGUCGAUUCUAUCGCUCCCCUGAAGUUUUAUUGGGAAUGCCAUAUGAUCUGGCCAUAGAUAUGUGGUCACUGGGAUGUAUUCUGGUGGAAAUGCAUACUGGAGAGCCUUUGUUUAGUGGAGCCAAUGAGGUGGACCAAAUGAACAAAAUUGUUGAAGUACUUGGGAUCCCACCCAGUCACAUCAUGGACCUAGCACCAAAAGCCAGGAAGUUUUUUGAGAAGUUGUCAGAUGGGACAUGGAGUGUUAAGAAGACCAAAGAUGGAAAAAGGUACAAACCUCCGGCAUCUCGAAAACUCCAUGCCAUCUUGGGAGUGGAGUGUGGAGGACCAGGCGGUCGUCGUGCAGGAGAAUCCGGCCAUGCUGUAGCUGACUACUUGAAGUUCAAGGACCUUAUCCUCAGAAUGCUGGACUAUGACCCCAAGACACGAAUUCAGCCCUACUAUGCCCUCCAGCACAGUUUCUUCAAGAAAACUGCAGAUGAAGGAACCAAUACAAGCAGUAGUGUGUCAACAAGUCCUGCGCUUGAGGCCUCACAGUCAUCAGGGACCACUUCUAGUACAUCCUCAAGCUCAGGAGGAUCAUCUGGAACAAGCACCAGUGGCAGAGCAAGAUCUGAUCCAACUCACCACCAUCGGCACAGUGGUGGGCAUUUCGGCACAGUCAUGCCAGCCAUAGACUGUGACAACCUUUGCCCUCAGCAGACAAGACCUCCUUUUCAUCCGCCAGUAGUAUGGCCUGGAAUUGUCGGACCAGAACCUGUCACUGUAGAGACUUAUCCAGUCCAAGAAACCACUUUUCAUGUGCCUCCCCAGCAUCCCAAGGCAUUGCACCCCCAUCACCACCAUCAUCAUCGUCACCACCACGGACAGGUCAUAGCAGCGCGACCAAGACCGCGACUCUACAACUCGCCCACCAACAGCGCCUCCACACAGGAUUCCAUGGAAGUGGUGCACGGUCAUCUGUCCAUGACAUCGCUGUCUUCCUCCGCAUCCUCUUCCUCCACAUCUUCCUCUUCCACAGGAAACCAAGGCAACCAGGCUUACCAGCUUCGCCUGCUUCCUGCCAACACCCUGGACUUUAGCCAAAAUGGAAGUAUGAGUAUGGGUUUGGGUGCCUUCUCAAAUCCUCGCCAGGAGACUGGAAUGGCUGGACACUCUUCAUACCCUGUUGCUACAAACACAGGAACUGGUCACUUUAUAUCAGAGGGACACCUGGGCAUAAGACAAGGCAUUGAUAGGGAAGAUUCUCCAAUGACUGAAGUCUGUGUUCAGCAGAGUUCAAUGGCCAGCUCGUGACUUUAGCUGAAAUGGGUUUGUUUUUCUGUGUGAUCUCUUUAGUUUUUUCCCAUUUUUUUUAAUGGUGUUAUUUUUCUCCUUUUUUUCAAAAGGUGCAUAGAGAAUAAAAGCUGCUCACUUCUGAGGGGAGAUAUCACUGAACCGCUACAAAUUGAAGAGUAUUUAAAAAGUAUAUAUGUAUUUUACAUUUUUACAUUUUUGAAUUUCUAGAGAAGUUAGUAAAACUACAAAUAACCAUAGUGAAACUGAGACAUCCAUCUGCCGAUUCACUCAUCUGCAUUUAGUACUUAACCAUCUGUUACACUGGAAACUAGGAGAUUUGUUAUUUGGUUUUUAUUUUUCCCUUUUCUUUCCAAUACAGUGAGCAUUUCAGAUCUGUGAGCUGUCUUACAGCUUCUUAUAUGUGAAGCAAUGCAAAAUAUUUUGGGUUCAAACAAGUGAAACAUUGGACAUUUAUAAUUUGGCUGAUUGUUCUUUUAUUUACCCUUUAAGUGAAACUUCUCUAAAGAGCUGUGUGUUUAAACCUGUAGCGUGUCAAGGAAGCAGUACUUGCAGUUAUAUUUCGUGUUGUCGGUAUUGUGUAACACUUCAAGAGAGGGCACAUAGCUUUGGAGCUCCGGUGGCGACCUAUGGCCUAGUGUUAGGGCUUAGAAAGGCAGGUGCAGUCCUCCAGACCAAGGUGGCUUUGACUACGUAAAGCAACUGUGGAGGCACACUGAAGAGCAACAGGGGGAAAGAUCCAGAUCAACCCUUUGGCCUUAUGACUUUUGGACCUUGACUGAAAAAGGAGCUGGACUUUAUUAUAAAAUAGAGAUGGCUGUCCUCUAUUUUUAAGAUUUAAGAGUCCUUAAAUGGUUAGUGAAAGUUAAAUAAGAGUGGUUAUUCAGAGGCCUUUAUUUAGCAAAGAUUUCUAAUUUAAGGGACUCCAAAUUGCAGGGUCUUGUUCAGAUGUCCCUAACUUCCUCAUUCUCUUUCGUCUAAGUGGAAUUUCACAUAGAAAGGUAAUCAUUCCCAUUUAAGACACUUCAUUAAUUGGCUUUAUUAUUAUUUUUUGUCAAGCAUGUGGUUGUGAUUGGGGGUGGGAAAAAACCCAUCUGCACAAAUUUGCCUCUUUGUGUUGAACACAUAAGAAAUGUACUGAAAUUUGUGACUGUCAUUUCUUUUAUUUUUUUUCUCCUCUUGAAUUAUGCUGUUAAUUUUACACAAAUUAGUUUUUCUUCUUUAUUGUUGUCUUUUCUUUUGAUAUACCAAAGCAGUUUUUUUUUAUAGCACUAGGUGUCUGUAAGAAAUAAUGUAGCAGUUCACCACUUCAGCUCGAUGUUUUUCAAAGUUAAUUUAGUCUGUAUACUCUCAAACUGGAACUUUUCUGAACUUCAUGUUUUCAUGUUAACUAAAUACCGAAGCUGGUUAAUAUAUGGAUACACCUCCCUUAUUUGUUUUUUUUUUUCCCCCCCCCCAUUUACCUUUUAAGGAAAAUAUCUUGGGAGGGAAGGGACCAUGACAGUUACUCUGCAGGCUACAGAGUAGCUAAGAGAUCACAAAUUAUUUUGAGGAGAGAAAAGUCUUUUGUUUUGUAUUUACCUGGUGUUAGUCAGUGACGCUGCCUUUUAUACCUAAUUUGAUGAACAUGCUAAUUUCUACCUUUUUAAAUCUAAGUGGCUACUUCAAUUUAUUUAUUCAGGCAGUCUACUGUAGCUACUGUGACCUCAGAGUCUGAGUUGAAUUUGUUAUCAAGUGAUUGGUUCAAUGCUUGCCUCAGAUAUAGUAUACAAAGGGAAACUAGAGGUGAAGCACUGCCACACAGGCACUGGGCACAUGCAUGUUGCUUUGAAGAGAAUAAGUGUUUGUAGUCACUAUUCUGUCACGUCAAGGAUAGCUAAACUUACACGGAUUGUUCUAUCUGAGGUUGUGAGCACCCCCACCUAGCUUCUCACUUUGCAUUAGUUCUCAAUUCUUAAAAUCAACGUAAAGUAUAAGAACUUCUCUGAAUUUAGCAGUUCGUCACAAAUAAGUGGGACACUAUCCUGCCAGAAUGUGUGGUGUUGACUUGCAGUACCUUUUCUUUUUUUGCUAAGACAUCACGUACAAACGGAAUCAUAUUUGAUAUAUUUACAAAUAUCACAAUGGCAAAUGUAAUCAGAUGAAAAAGGUUUAACAGAAUGUUAGCUUGAUUAAAAAAAAAAAAAAUGUUUUUAUACAUAAAAACAUUUUGAGUGCAGUUUGCGGAAGAUGACAUAAACAUUCCAAAAAUCAAAAUCGACAAAUUACAGUAAUUUUAAAGAGUGCACCUGUUUCAGCUGUUACUAAUUGAGGUCUGAUUUAGUGCGGUUUUCAUGAAAUGCAGCCCCUUUUUAAUAGUUGAAAUAGAAUUUAUGUAUAUAUUUAUAUUUUUUUAAAUAAAGGAAGUAUAGAACUCACUACAUUGCUCCUGCUGGUAUGUCAAUUGUAUUGCCAUGUGUUCAAUGACCUGUUUUAAUUUGUUCUUUUUAACCCUCCUCGUCUGCCUUGGUCAUUGGCCCAAAAAUUGCUUUUAGUUGGAGGCAUUUAACUUCAACAGGACAACGCUAAAGGUAGGGUGUACUGGGAAGAAAAGGCUAGAAUUUGUACUUGGGAGUCUUUUCAUAGGGUAUGACGCAUGUGUGUCCACAGUUUUUUAUAUAAUGCUCAUGGUUUGCCAUGUCUUCUGUUAUCCCUUUUUCUUAAAUGCAUUAAAGGUAAUUGUCACUGAUACACAGGAUCAUGGAUUUUAAUUAUACAUUCCUCUGCCUUUUUUAUCUUUCUUUUUCAGAUUUUCUUGACCCUUUUCAUGCAACAUGCACUAUAUAAUUGAUCAGCAUGGGGAAAGUGAUAAUUGUCCACAGAUUGUAAGAUCUAGUCAAGACUUUGCUGUGUAUAUGAAAAUGCCCUUUGUAUUAUAUUCAAACAGUAUUAUGUAUGAUAUAUAAAAAAUAACUUAACU